AUGGGAAGAACUAAUAAUUCUACAUCGAUAUUUGAACAACGCAGACGAAUUCGUCAAGAGAGGACUUAUUCCAUUUGGCCACCAUCCCCAGAAUAUUCUCCAAAAUCCGAAAAAUUACUAUAUGUUAAAUCAGAAUUACCAAAAAAGAAACGAUCUCGAAGUAUCAGUGAUUCAGAGGACUUUUCCCAUUCGUCAAUAUCGUCAGAAGAUGAUAAAAAACGUAAUUCAAAAAAGAGGAAACAUCGAGAAUCAACAAAAAAGCAUAAAUCUAAAAAACAUAAGAAAUCAAACUUUCAUAAACAUCACAAACAAUCUAAAGAAAAAGAAAUUAUUUCGAGCAGUGGUGGUGAAAAUGAUUAUGCCAGUUCCAAUGAAUCGUAUGAAAAGAAAAAUCAAGAUCAUGACAGUGUAAAUGGAAAAGAUAUUAUAAAUGUUGAUGAGAAAGAAUUGGAGAAGAUGGAUGAACUUUGGAUUGAGAAAAAAGCUUUAUUGGCAGGUGAAGGUUCAGCUAUGGCUGCAUAUGUACAAGAAGGCAAACGUAUUCCACGUCGUGGUGAAAUUGGUCUCACCUCUAAUGAAAUUCAAUCUUUCGAAGAUGUUGGUUAUGUCAUGAGUGGUAGUCGUCAUCGACGUAUGAAUGCAGUACGUAUUCGUAAAGAAAAUCAAGUUAUUUCUGCAGAAGAGAAACGGGCUUUGAUGCUAUACAACCAAGAAGAAAAAGCCAAGAAAGAAAACAAGAUUAUUUCAGAUUUCAGAGAAUUGGUAUCCGAUCGAAUGAGAGGAAAAUAA